CCACAAAAUGGGUUGAUAUCUUAUAAUCUGAUCCGCAGUCAGAAUAAAACAAUGAUCAUUCGAUCGUUUAUUUAGGUCUGGGCAUUUGGAAGGUCUUCUCUGAGAACAUAAAACCCAGAGAAAGUGUUUGGCUGAACCUGCAUUACCAAGUGUUUAAAAAUUAUGUGUGCGUGGCGUAAUCACUAUCAAUUGUCCUCAUUUCCCUCUGUUAAAUAAUUUGUUUGUGAAAAUUUAAAAAUGAUUUCUGUUUUUUUCUAUUAACUGGGAUUCCGCCACUUCAGCAACCGUAGGAAAAACCCACUUUUAAGAUGAGAGUGACAGUACUUGGUUAGCAUAGCCGACCCGAUAGCGAUAUAAGAGGCCGCUUUGGACCCCGUGACCGCUAGGGGGCCCCCUAACAAUUAUUAUUGUUUUAUCAAAAAGAUAUCGAAGAAAUGUAAAGAAUAAAAAUUAUUAUAACCAUAACAUUACAUAAAAAUGUACAGUGGAAUACGAUUAUUUAAUUUUCGGUGGCCACUCUAAUUUUGUUUGGUGUGCUCCUGCCGCCUGCCACACUGGGCCAAGACGGCCUGGAACUAGCGCUCUAGUCGCUUUAGCCGUGCCUUGCGUUCAUUCAACGAAGCGUGGGGGGAAAGACGAGCCAGUACCCUACCGUGACAGAGUGGCUAGCCAGCACAUGUCUCAAAAACGAACAUAUCCCUCUGGGGAAGAAAAACGAAAAAGGAAAAAAGUUGAGGAGGAGAAAAUACAACAAGAGAAAGGGAGUGCAGUCAACGCCAUGGCCGAGAAGCUGCUGCUGAUCGACACAGACUGCGGCAUCGACGAUGCCCAGGCCAUAAUGAUGGCCCUGGCGGCCCCCGGGGUGCGGAUGCUGGGGAUCACCUGCUGCUUCGGGAAUGCCUCCGUGGAGGAUGUGUGCCAGAACGUGAGCCGUGUACUCUCUGUGUGCGAGAGGACAGAGAUCCCUGUUUUCCGGGGGACGGCCACCCCUCUAGUGGGGAACCCUGACUGUCCUAUCAGCCACUUUGGGACAGAUGGACUUGGGGACGUGCUGGAGGACAGAGACCCAGAGCUGUGGAAGAAGCAGAUCCAGUCAGAACAUGCGGUCAAUGCCAUGAUCCGGCUGGUAUCCGAAAAUGAAGGAAAGGUCUCUCUUGUGGCAAUUGGCCCUCUCACAAACUUGGCUCUUGCUGUGAGACUGGAUCCCUCUUUCCCUCAAAAGCUGAAGGACCUGUUUAUAAUGGGAGGCAACAUGGAAGGUAAAGGGAACCGGACUGUGUGUGGAGAGUUUAACUUUGUAAUGGAUCCAGAGUCUGCUUACAUUGUUCUGGAGGAGUUCCUCUGCCCCACUUACAUAGCAUCAUGGGAAUUUACCUGUAGACAUAAACUGUCGUGGGACUUUUUUGAUGAAUGGAUUAGCCAGGACACAGAGGCCGCAAGGUUCAUGAAGAAGAUCACGUCUAAGUGUUGGGCGUACUCCAGAGAUGUGAUCAGCAGCAAGGACGCGAUCUUCGGACCCGGCUUCGUCUCCUACGACUCGUACGCCGUGGCUGCAGCCAUCGACGGCAGCGUGGUGACGAAGAGCGCGGAGUGCGCUGUCCAAGUGGAGCUGCAGGGGGUGCUGUGUCGUGGGAUGAUGGCACUGGAUCUGUGCGACAAACUGAAGAAGCAGCACCGCGUGUUUGUGAUGAAAGAGUGCGACUUGAGCAAGUUCAGGCAGUUACUCACAGCUGCACUGCGGCUGCCCUGUAAGACCUAAUAUUACCAACCCGAACUGCAAAGCAGCAAAAUGAUUAAUGAGUCUGCCUGGUUAUGGACAUAAUGUGUCACGGUAUUGGGCUUAAUUUGGGCUUUAUGCAAAUGCGGCCUGGACGUUCUUAUUCCCUUACAAGGUUUUUACAGAUUUUACACUGACAAUUAAAGAAAUGUGAAUAUAAAUUAAGGACGUCAUUUCCAUUCUGUGGAGGUUUGUAGGUACUGGCUCAGAAGACAUGCAAAAUAUGGACACGCACAUUAAAUGAGAU